CAGAGGUAGCAGAGGUGGAGAGAGGGAAACACACGGAGCCCGGCAACUAAUGGAUUACUCUGACUGUUGUGAACUACACAGCACCCGAAUGCCAUCAACCACAAGGCAAAUACAGUACAGACAUAUUGACACUCAUUUAACUGCAGCCUCAAACACUGUACAACAAGCUCUGAACACAUUUAGAUCACACAUAAUUUGAAACAGACAGUUCUAACACUGGUCUCUUGAUCUCCAUUAGCGUAAACAGACAAACUGAUUCAAUGAUUAUCACACAAACACAGAGACAGUGCAUGGAUUUCACUGUUGAAUCAAAGGGUCAAAGAUGUGAAUUUUGGUGAGGAUUCGGACACCUUUGUGAAACAUCACUGGAGGACCACAAGCAACAGGACACUCAGAGAGAGGAAAGGACACACGUGAGGAGGAUGACCAUGCACUGACAGAAAGGCAUGGAAAGUAUCUCAGAGAAAACAGUUUGGGAUGGAUUAGGCCACUCCUCUCUGACGUCCGCGACGGCAGGAAGAAACAACCUCACUUCCUCCCUCUUCUUCGACUUCACGUCCCUCAACAGUUCUCAUGGAGGGGUGGGGUCCUUCUACGGGAUUAUCCCAGAGAACACCUCAACCACCACGCCCCAUGCCUUACCCCAGCCCAGGGUGAGGGAUCUGGGCCUGGCCCGGGCCGAGAUAGGGGUGCUGGGCCUGGUGCUGGCCCUGACUACCCUGGGAAACGGCUUUGUACUGUGGGUGCUGCUCCGCAGGAGGAAACAAAACGCUCCCAUGCACCUGUUCAUGGUCAACCUGUGUCUGGCUGACCUGGUGGUGGCACUGUUCCAGGUGCUUCCCCAGCUGGUGUGGGACAUCACAGAAAGGUUCCAGGGGCCGGAUUUUCUGUGUCGCUCAGUAAAGUACCUGCAGAUCGUAGGGAUGUUUGCGUCCUCCUAUAUGAUCGUUGCCAUGACGGUAGAUCGGCACUAUGCCAUCUGUUGCCCACUGCAGGCCUACCGUGGUGGGUCCGUGUCACGCUGGAACACCCCUAUCAUGACGGCCUGGGGCCUGGCCAUACUGCUCUCCAUACCACAGUUCUUCAUCUUCUGGAGGUCUGAGGUUUCUCCAGGAGAGUUUGAGUGCUGGGGUCACUUCGCUGAGCCGUGGGGGCUCAAGGCCUACGUCACCUGGAUGACCAUAGCAGUGUUCUUACUGCCAGCACUAAUCAUCACCAUCUGCCAGAUCCGGAUUUUCAGAGAGAUUCACAACAACAUCUAUCUGAAGUCAGAGAGGGUGGUGUCAGCAGAGCUCAAGAAGAACAACGCUGUCAUCUCUCUGGCCCUGACGCCCCCCUCCAUCUCCAAGGCCAUGUCUAAGACGGUGAGGAUGACUCUGGUGAUAGUGUUGGUGUACACAGUCUGCUGGUCCCCCUUCUUCAUCGUCCAGCUGUGGGCUGCCUGGGACCCCAACCCUCCAGACCAAGGCGUGGCGUUCACUAUCCUGAUGCUGCUGGCCAGUCUGAACUCAUGUACCAACCCCUGGAUCUACACCUUCUUCAGCAGCUCUGUAUCCAGGGAGCUGCAGUCCCUGCUGCACUGCAGACCCAGAGCCUCCCGCAGGGGCUCCAUUCCUGACGACUCCACCACCACACACACCUCCACCACCAAGGACAGUCUCUACUGACACACACAUGUAUAUACACACGUGCAGAUAUAUAGAAAAGCACAAAAUACACACACACACACACACACACACACACACACACGUGCAGAUAUAUAGAAAAGCACAAAAUACACACACACACACACACACACACACACACACACCACCACCACCUCCACUGCCGCCGGCACCUUAGACUAGAGGACAGCCCGCACUGACCUCCAGGCAGCGAACACAUUUCCCCCAACACGGAAACAAGGACAGCUGUGUUAUGACCGGGAAGGAAGGACCCCUAUGAAACAUCACCUGUCCCCUCUGUCUCCUCACCCGUUCACCGAGGAGGUUGUUAUUUAACCAGAGGACAAACGUGAGUGAAGACAUCAACACUAUGUCAUGGAAUACAGACCUAUACAGCAUGGAAUAGGAACGCACUGCACAUCGAUUCAUUUGAGGCAACUGUCUCUGCAUCUCUGUCUCCGUCUAAACAGAAUAGUACAAUUAUAGUAGGAAUGUGAUUCCCUUCACGGCUAAUCACUUCACCCCACGCAAGAGAACAGGAGGGAUGGAUAUUACUGCAUGCCUAACG